AUGGCAGAGCAAGUCAAUGGAGAGCGCUUUAAGCUGAAGAUGCCUCCGGAAUUCUCAGGAGAACGAGGAGAGUCCAAAGGAUGGCUACAGAAGUGCACGCUGUACUUCCUAUUCAACGGAACCCAAUUCGACCAGGACGAGAAGAAGAUCAUCUUCGCGUUGAUGCUGAUGACGGGAGGAACUGCAGGACCAUGGGCCAGCGAUUAUAUCACGCAAGCCCAAGCACAAGCAAAUGCGGAGAACGGAAAUCAGCCCAGCUACGGAACAUGGGCAUCAUUCCAGAACAGCAUCAAAGAGUCGUUCGAAGACGUGGACGACGCUGCAAGUGCACGUGUCCUACUCCGGAACCUCGCCCAGGGCAAGAAGCCCAUUGACGAGUACAUCAUCGACUUCAAGAACAUCAUCUCUCGAUGCGGCAUCUCCCAGUUCGACGUCAUUGCGGACUUCUUCUACCAAGGGCUAAACAAGCCGCUCCGCGACAAGAUGUUUGGGCUUUCAGCCAUGCCGACAGACGCAGUCAACCUGUACAAGACGGCAGCACGUCUCGAGCAACAAUGGCGCUUGGGACAAGCCUAUGAUCGAGGAGGAGGACAGAGCCACAAGAAGAACCACUUCAUUCCGCGGCGCUACAAUCACAAUCAAGCCAAGGAAAGAGAUCCUGACGCUAUGGAUGUGGACCGCAUGACAGCCGAAGAACGCGACAAGCAUUACAAGGAAGGACGAUGCUUCAACUGUCACGAGAUCGGACAUCUGUCCAGGAACUGCCUGAAGAAGAAUGGGAAAGGGAAGCAACCUUUCAGGAAGAACCGAGUUAUGGAAGCCGAAGAAGAACCGGAGAGAGAAGAUGACGAUGAAGCCUCCAACCCGGACACUAGAACCCUGGUCGCCGCUAGAAUCCGCACCGCUCUCCAAGGGAUCAGUGACCCGGCGGAAAGGAAGGGAGUGCUUUCGGAGUUCCUCGACGAGGGUUUUUGA